AUGCUUAGAGCACACAACCCGGAAAACUGGCGAAGCAGCAUGCGAGAAGUCUUUUUCCGGAUCAAAGACGUGAUACAUUAUAAAGGGUUUCAAGUAAGCCCAACUGAGCUGGAGGAAAUCAUUGGGCAGCAUUCAGAGGUUGCGGAUGCAGCCGUUACGUCGGUCUGGGACGAUAAAGAGGCCACUGAGAUCCCAUGUGCCUUUAUAAUCCCCAAACGCAAGGCACGUGAGCAGCUUGCCAACGAAAUUCAGGAACUUGUUUCAUCCAAAGUUGCAGCCUACAAGAAGCUACGAGGCGGUAUCUACUUUACAGAUAAUUUGCCUCGGAAUCCCACUGGAAAACUGCUGAGGAGAUAA